CUCUCUAGACUUGUCUAAAACCCGUCUGCUCGUACUUGGUUGGUCCGCUAGCAGGAAGUCCUUCUCCGAGGCUGAAGCCGCCGCCUUGCCCUCAGUGCUCUCUGUCUAUUUUAUUCUCACCGAGGAGUGUGUGUUGCUCCACUGUGAGAGCAAUGCAAUGAUAAAAGCCGCAUAUGCGGUACGCUACACACCUAUCAGGCAGGAAAAUAACCCAAGAAACAGCCUCAUCCCGGUUCUCCUCACACCGCAGCCUUAUCCACACCUCAAAGCGGAACCUGAAGUGCCAGAAGUACCAUGUCCAGGCCAACGGGGGGCGGUGCCAACGAUGUCACCCGCUUCCUGUCAUCGGGCACAGCGCCAGGGUCUCCCAACUCCAACAACUCUAUGUUCUCUGCUGCCAGCCAGGCUGACUGGGCAGCUAAGAGGCUGGUGUGGGUGCCGUCAGAGAAACAAGGCUUCGAGUCUGCCAGCAUCCGAGAGGAGCGCGGCGAUGAGGUGGAGGUGGAGCUGACGGACAGCCAGCGGCGGGUGACCUUGUCCAGGGAGGAGGUGCAGCGUAUGAACCCUCCGCGCUUCAGCAAAGUGGAGGACAUGGCCGACCUCACCUGCCUCAACGAAGCAUCGGUGCUUCACAACCUGAGAGAGAGAUACUACUCUGGCCUGAUCUAUACAUAUUCAGGGCUUUUCUGUGUGGUGGUGAACCCUUACAAGAACCUGCCGAUCUACACAGAGUCCAUUGUGGAAAUGUACCGAGGCAAGAAACGCCACGAGAUGCCCCCUCACAUCUACGCCAUAUCAGAGGCUGCUUAUCGCAGCAUGCUGCAAGACAGAGAAGAUCAGUCAAUCCUCUGCACAGGAGAGUCCGGAGCUGGGAAAACAGAGAACACUAAGAAAGUCAUCCAGUAUCUGGCUCAUGUUGCCUCCUCCCAUAAAGGUGGCACUCUGGGUAGAAAAAAGGAAGCUGUGCAGAGUAUGCAAUAUGGCGAGCUGGAGAGACAGCUGCUGCAGGCCAACCCCAUACUGGAGGCCUUCGGCAACGCAAAGACUGUCAAGAACGAUAACUCCUCUAGAUUUGGUAAAUUCAUUCGUAUCAAUUUUGACGUGGCGGGAUACAUUGUUGGUGCCAACAUUGAAACCUACCUCCUUGAAAAGUCCCGGGCCACCCGUCAGGCCAAGGAUGAGAGGACUUUCCACAUCUUUUACCAGUUGUUAUGUGGAGCGUCAGAGGAAACUCGAGCGGACUUGCUCUUAGGAACUGCUGAUCAGUAUCGCUUUCUCAGUGGAGGCUCGAUACCUGUUCCUGGUCAGAGCGAUUCAGAGAAUUUCACCCAGACUAUGGACUCCAUGGCUAUUAUGGGCUUCACCCCUGAGGAGUUGAUGUCCAUGCUGAAGGUGAUCUCUGCUGUGCUCCAGUUCGGGAAUAUAUCCUUCAUGAAGGAGAAGAACCAUGACCAGGCGUCCAUGCCUGAUAACACAGCUGCUCAGAAACUCUGCCAUCUGCUGGGCGUCAAUGUGCUGGAGUUCACUCGGGCCAUCCUCACCCCGAGGAUCAAAGUAGGCCGAGAGUAUGUGCAGAAAGCCCAGACUAAAGAACAAGCUGACUUUGCUGUGGAGGCCCUGGCAAAGGCAACAUACGAGCGUCUGUUCAGAUGGCUGGUCCACAGGAUCAACAGAGCUCUGGACCGCAGACAGAGACAGGGAGCCUCCUUCAUAGGCAUCCUUGAUAUCGCUGGAUUUGAGAUCUUCCAGCUCAACUCCUUUGAGCAGCUGUGCAUCAACUACACCAACGAGAAGCUGCAGCAGCUCUUCAACCACACCAUGUUCAUCCUGGAGCAGGAGGAGUACCAGCGAGAGGGCAUCGAGUGGAACUUUAUUGACUUUGGCCUGGACUUACAGCCCUGCAUCGACCUCAUCGAGAGACCAGCCAACCCACCUGGUGUUCUGGCCCUUCUUGAUGAAGAGUGCUGGUUCCCUCGGGCCACGGAUCGCUCAUUUGUGGAGAAGCUGUCUGGUGAGCAAGGCAGCCAUCCAAAAUUCUUCAAAUCAAAGCAGCCACGUGGGGAAGCUGACUUCUCCAUUAUUCACUACGCUGGAAAGGUGGACUACAAGGCAAAUGAUUGGUUAGUGAAGAACAUGGAUCCCCUGAAUGACAAUGUGGCGUCUCUUCUCCACCAGUCAUCUGAUCAUUUUGUCUCAGAGCUUUGGAAAGAGGUGGACAGGAUUGUGGGUCUGGACCAGGUGUCGUCAGGAGAGAGCAGCGCGCCGGUCACAUUCGGAGCAGCAGGACUGAAGACGAAGAAAGGAAUGUUUAGGACUGUUGGGCAGCUUUACAAGGAGUCUCUUACCAAGCUGAUGGCCACACUGAGGAACACCAACCCCAACUUCCUCCGCUGCAUUAUUCCCAACCACGAGAAGAGGGCCGGUAAGCUUUCCCCUCACCUGGUUUUAGACCAGCUGAGAUGUAAUGGUGUUUUGGAGGGCAUCCGUAUAUGCAGACAAGGAUUCCCUAACCGCAUCCCGUUCCAGGAGUUCAGACAGAGAUAUGAGAUCCUAACCCCUAAUGCCAUUCCUCGCACCUUCAUGGAUGGCAAACAGGCAUCAGAACUCAUGAUCAGUGCUUUAGAGCUGGAUAAAAACCUGUUCAGGGUGGGUCAGAGUAAGGUCUUCUUCAGAGCUGGAGUCCUGGCUCACCUGGAAGAAGAAAGAGACCUGAAGAUAACUGAUACCAUCAUACGCUUCCAGAGCGCUGCCAGAGGCUUUCUCUCACGCAAAGCCUUUUUGAAGAAGCAACAGCAGCUUAGUGCUCUGAGGGUGAUGCAGAGGAACUGUGCUGCUUACCUCAAACUCAGGAACUGGCAGUGGUGGCGACUAUUUACUAAGGUGAAGCCCUUGCUGCAGGUGACCCGACAGGAUGAGGAGAUCCAAACCCGGGAAGCAGCGCUACAAAAGGCCAAAGAACAACUCACCCGAGCGGAGCAGGACUACACAGAGCUGGACAGGAAGCACGCUCAGCUGCUGGAGGAAAAGGCAGUGCUGGCUGACCAGCUGCAGGCAGAGGCAGAGCUGUUUGCAGAGGCGGAGGAGAUGAGGGCCAGGUUAGCCAGUCGGAAACAGGAGCUGGAGGAGGUUCUGGGCGAGCUGGAGACUCGACUGGAGGAAGAGGAGGAGAGGGGUGUGCAACUGGCCAAUGAGAAGAAGAAAAUGCAGCAGAAUAUACAGGACUUAGAGGAGCAGUUAGAGGAGGAGGAAAGCGCCAGACAGCGCCUCCUGCUGGAGAAGGUUACCCUGGAGACCAAAGUAAAGAGUCUGGAGACAGACCUGGCCACUGCAGUAGAGCAAAGAGAACGACUCGGCAAGGAAAAGAAACAGCUGGAGGAGCGUCUGAAUGAGGUCACGGACCAGCUCACUGAAGAAGAGGAAAAGACAAAAAGUUUGAACAAACUCAAGAACAAACAGGAAGCUGUCAUCGCGGACUUGGAGGAGCGCCUAAAGCGUGAAGAGCAGGGUCGCUUAGAACAGGAGAAGUUUAAGAGGAGGAUGGAGAGUGAAGCUAUGGAGGCCCAGGAGCAGCUGUCAGACCUGGGAAUGCUGUCCUCUGAGCUGAGAGGCAGUCUGGCUCAAAAGGAAAAAGAAAUCACCUCCCUGCAGGGCCGGUUGGAGGAAGAAGGUGCACGCCGUGCUGAAGCUCAGAGGUCCCUAAGAGAGGCCUUGUCCCAGGUGUCAGAGCUGAAGGAGGAAGUAGAGAAUGAACGAGGGAUGCGGGAAAGAGCAGAGAAACAACGGCGAGACCUGAGUGAGGAGCUGGAGGCUUUGAGAACUGAGCUAGAGGACACUCUGGACAGCACAGCUGCACAACAGGAGCUCAGGUCUCGACGGGAAGCAGAGUUAAGUGAGCUCCAACGAUGUGUUGAAGAGGAGACUCGCCGGCACGAGACCCAGCUUUCAGAACUCAGAGUCAAACACAGCGCUGCCUUAGACAGCCUGCAGGAGCAGCUGGACAACAGCAAGAGAGCACGACAGUCCCUUGAGAAAGCCAAGGCAACGCUGGAGGAGGAGAGGCAGAAUUUGACCUCUGAGCUCAAAAGCCUCCAAGCGAGCCGCUCAGAGAGCGAGAGGGGUCGUAAGAGGGCCGAUAACCAGCUGCAGGAACUGAGCGCCCGUCUGGCUCAGGCUGACAGAGAGAGGGAGGACAGGGAGGAGCGAAUGCACAAGCUGCAGUGUGAGAUUGAGUCCCUCUCCGGCAAUCUGUCCUCCUCUGACUCCAAGUCUCUUCGGCUCGCUAAAGAAAUCAGCAGCCUGGAGAGCCAGCUGCAUGAUGCCAGGGAACUGCUACAGGACGAAAGUCGCCAGAAGAUGGCCCUUGCCUCAAGGGUGCGAGCGCUGGAGGAGGAGAAGAAUGGACUGAUGGAACGACUGGAGGAGGAGGAGGAAAGAGGCAAAGAGCUGAGCCGACAGAUCCAAACUCACAGCCAGCAGCUGACAGAGCUACGUAAGCAGUCAGAGGAGGUGAACAGUGCCGUGGAAGCUGGCGAUGAGAUACGCAGGAAGCUCCAGAGAGAGCUGGACAGCGCCAUUCAAAGAGAGCGACAGAAGGAGGAGGAGAAGGAAAGAGUGGAGAGGCAGAGGGAGCGACUGAGGGAGGAAAUAGAGGACAUGACCAUUGCCCUGCAGAGAGAGAGGCAGAACUGCACAGCCCUCGAAAAAAGGCAAAAGAAAUUUGACCAGUGCCUGGCAGAGGAGAAGGCAGUGAGUGCUCGGCUUGCAGAAGAGAGGGACAGAGCAGAAGCAGACAGCAGAGAGAAGGAAACAAGAUGUCUAGCACUGUCCCGAGCCCUGCAGGAGGCUCAGGACCAAAAAGAAGAGCUAGAGAGAGCCAACAAGCAGCUCCGUCUGGAAAUGGAGCAGCUGGUGAACCAGCAGGACGAUGUGGGCAAAAAUGUCCAUGAGCUGGAGCGCGCACGGAGGACCUUAGAAACAGAAGCCCAGAACCUGCGCAUUCAGACGCAGGAGCUGGAGGAGGAGCUGUCAGAGGCGGAGAACUCGAGACUGAGGCUGGAGGUCACCCUGCAGGCACUUAAGGCUCAGUUUGAGAGGGAGAUCAGCACCAACGAGGAGAAGGGAGAAGAGAAGAGAAGGGCCCUAAGCAAACAGGUGAGGGAGUUAGAGAUCCAGCUGGAGGAGGAGAGGAGUCAGCGGUCUCAGUCUGUGUCAUCCAAGAAGCAGCUGGAAGCAGAACUGCAGGAAGCUGAGGCCCAGGUGGAGACAGCCAACCGUGGCAAAGAGGAGGCGAUGAAGCAGCUUCGAAGGCUGCAGGGUCAAAUGAAGGAGGUUCUGCGCGAGCUAGAUGAUUCAAAGGUGACUCGAGAUGACGUCAUCUCCCAAUCAAAAGACAGUGAGAAGAAAAUCCAAACACUGGAAGCAGAGGUCCUGCAUCUUACAGAGGAGCUGGCUGUAUCAGAGAGGCAGAAGCGACAGGCCCAGCAGGAGAGAGACGAGAUAGCAGACGAGAUGGUCAGCAGCAGUUCUGGAAAGAAUGUGCUGAGCGAAGAGAAGCGGAGGUUGGACGCACGAGUCAAUCAGCUGGAAGAGGAGCUGGAAGAAGAGCAGACUAACAAUGAACUGUUGACAGAGAGACUACGGAAGACAGCCCUACAGGUGGAGACUCUGACUGUGCAGCUGCAGGGAGAGAGGACUCUGGCCCAGAAAGCAGAGGCAGCUCGAGAGCAGCUGGAGAAGCAGAACAAGGAGCUGAAGGCCCGGCUGGGGGAGAUGGAGGGGGCAGUAAGGGGCAAACAUAGGAUGAGUGUCGCCGCACUGGAGGCAAAGAUUGAGACGAUGGAGGAGCAGCUGGAACAAGAGAGACAGGAGCGAGCAAUUGCCAACAAACUGAUGCGGAAGACGGAAAAGAAACUGAAGGAGGUGAUGAUGCAGGCAGAAGAUGAGAGGAGGCAUGCAGACCAGUACAGAGAGCAGCUGGAUAAGUCGAUGGUCCGACUGAAGCAGCUGAAGAGGCAGCUGGAGGAGGUGGAGGAGGAGAACUCUCGCUCCAGUGCCCAGAAGAGGAAGCUGCAGAGGGAGCUGGAGGAACUCACUGACAGCAGCCAGACCAUGAACCGCGAGAUAUCCUCCCUCCGCAACCAGCUCAGCUUCCCUGAAUGGAGACCAGAUAUACGUGCUGCGCUGCCUCUGUCGAUGCGUGGACGCAGAGCGUUGGUUGAUGACCUUUCAUUAGAGAACUCCGAUUCAGAAGAGCCUCCUGCCUCACCCACCCCCUCCUCUGGGGUCCCAGGGACCCUGACUCCGUCCUCAGAACACAGCCUGGACCCUCCGCCACCCUACAGUGUCAACAACGCAGAGUGACACACACACAUCUGCUUAGCUACACAAACAACGCACACACAUACACACAAGCAUCAGCCUCUCAGAGCCCCGACUGCUCGCGGUGAUGCAGAGGCACGCACACAGCACAUAGCAACACUAGUUUUAAAUUAAAUGCCAUGUAGGAUAAAUAUCAGGCAGUUAGUUGUAAAGCAGCCUCCCUGAUAAAGCGAUGCUAUUUAAGAUUUUGCCUCAUUUUUUUCUCAACAAGUACAGAAAAUGCGUAAAAAAAAAGAAAAAAAAAGAAAUUUUACAAAGCGUCAACUGGAAUUGAUUUUAUUUUAUAAAACAACAAAGACUUGAAGUUUCUACAUUACCACCUCUGUAAUACACUUCUCAUAAACUAAACUACAUCUGCUCACUAAGCAGUAAAAAACUUUUACAUUUGGAUUUAUUUACAAACAUUUGAUGUGGAUUGAAUACACAGAUCAGGGCUGCUGGCAGAUGACAAUCUGUAUUCAUGUUACAUGAAAUAGCCAACACGAGCAGUCAAGUACACACAUGGAGCAGAGAAUUCACCUUCAAUAUGAGUGUGAGUUAACUUUUUAAACUUGGCAGAAUUUGGCAAAAUGAAAGAAAAUUGUCAUCUAAACACAGUGCAGUGCAUUUUCUAAGUUGGCCUAACAGAUAAUAAUAAGAAACCGGAAUGCAUUACAUCGUUUUCAUAUCACCUGUCACAAUUACAGUGACACAAAGAGCUGAAAGCAGCCGACCUGCAGACAGACUCGCUGCUUUAUACGAUCAACUCUUUUCUAUAGAUUAGAAACAGUACGUUGUUAGAACAUGCAGUAGAUAGUAUUAGAUAGUUUCUUUAACUUAAAGUCUUAACAUAUUGCAUCAGAAAUUUUGAAUUUGUAUAAUUUAUAUCAAAUACCAACUUAAGUUAUUGAUCACUGCUUAUUUUCUGUCUUGUGGGGGGAGGGGCGUGUUAGUCUGAAAAUUCCUCCUCAUGCUGGCUCUGAUGUCAGGCUGAACCGGGUUACUUUAAAGGACAGCUAAGACUUGUUUCUGUCAGCAUCUCAGCAUCGGGUUGCAGAGGUGAAUUUGCAUGGAAGACCUCUCUGGUUAACAUUAUUGCUGGUUUUAAAAAGAAAAAGAAAAAAGGGAAAGAAGAAGAAGUACACGUUUAUGGAUUCUCUUCAAUGGCAACAUAACUGGAAACGACUUGUGGAGGACUGUAUUCAUUCAUAUUUUUAUCCAAAGCAGAACAAAUGGUCAGAAUGGGUCUUAUUUUCUUGUUUUAGAACGAUAAAGGCGUUACAUUUUAUUUUGACAAGCAUCUUGUACACUGUAAGGUUGAUUUUACUGGUUUACUGUGUAAAUUAUUAAUCAAACAAAGCUUUUCUGUUUAACCAAACGGUGGGCGUACGGAUGAGAAAAGGGACUUAAAUUUGUAGUUACCGUAGAGUAGCUGUAGAAUAGAGUAGAUGACGGGAGUAGAGGCUGGUUGGGUUUUCUAACAUGUCUUGAGUAGAAUAAACUCUGCCUCUGCUCGCGGGUCCGGUGUAGAAGAUUAGAAUAUAACUGAGCGUUAGGCUCAAAGCAUUUUCAUAGACUAGUAGUGUUAGAUUUAAAAAAAAAAAAAAAAGACAGUGGAAACAAUGAGGAGUGAACUUUUAUGGAGUAAAUGGCAAAUAGAAAAAGAAGUUGCUUUUCGUUUUUUUUACCCUGUCAACUCAAGAUGACAUUAUCUUACACCUGCUCUGAUAACCCUGCUGUGAAGCCCACUUUUAAAGAUUUUUUCUUCAGACCGUCUCCAUUUUCAUAUCUUCUAUUUUUAAAAGAUGGCCUUUUUUAUAGCUUUUAUAUAGUUUAGUUUAUGACCUUCUGCUGCACUGGUAUGCCUGACACAACUUUUAGUCUGUUCUCUGAUUUAGCUGCGGGGGGGGGAGUCUUAACAAAUUGGCAGAUGCUGCCUAAAGAAGCAGUUCAACCUUUUGGAAAAUUUUCUUUCUUGCUUAAUGUUAGUAUCAGUCUCUUUUUUACCUACAUUUUAAAGCUGCAGCCAGUUAACUUAGCAAAUAGGAACUGGGGAACAUUUAGUCUGGCCUCCCUGUGACAUGAAACCUGACACUCAUAUCUGCAGAAAAAGCUGAGCUACAAAAAGAAAAAAAUUGGUUGAGCCUAAUUUUAGAAUUUGCAUUGUCACAAAGGUCUGUCUUUUUACCUGGCUAGGUUCGAGAUCAGUUCUUUGGAAGGAGAGUUAAAUGAGACAUAAAACACCUCUGACUUAGGCUUUAGCUUUUGUCAAGCUAAAGCCUCAGUCACACAUACUAGAAAUCAGCUGGCAACCUCCAGUUGCUAGGGAAAAAUGUGUAUUACCCCAGUCAACUGGCAAGUGGUUGCUUUAGGUUGCUGGCUGUCAUCAGGUGAGUGCUGCAGCAAACACCUUGUUGUGAUUUGUUUGGUGGCUAGUAGGUUGCACUUCCAUGCCAGCUAUGGUCAUGGUCAGUUUGUAUGGAAGAUCUCUUAGUGCUGCUUAGCAAGUAAAUUGGGAAUGUUGAAAACAAGUCUGCACCUUCCAUAUAAACUACUGACAACUGCCAGUCUCUAUACCUGUGUGACGGGGGCCUAAAGUAAAGAAAGCCUGCCUAUGUUGAACUCGCCUCCAGUAAUGUAGUAAUAUAAUUCUUUAAUUUUCCACCAAACAAACUGGAUAUUACUCAAUAAUCUACAAACUUUAUGUGCUGAUAGGAUAGGUGAAUUCUGUUGUUUUUAGGUUUUCUGCCUUUAUGCUAAGCUAACUAGCUGCUGGGUGUAGUUUUGCAUUAAAUGUACAGACCUGUGAAAGCCGCAGAUCAUCUAAUGAAAGCCAAUUUCCCAAAUGGCACAAGUACAACGAAUGUCACUGAUGCUUUAACUGGAAAAUCUGAACUAAUGAAAGCUUCGGAUCAUGUAGCUGAAACCAUAAAUGUUGCUCUGAAUGUCAGAAUCAGAAUCGUGUUUAUUGGCCAUGUAUAUGCACAGACACAUACAAGGAAUUUGGUUCUGGUAGAUGAUGACUCUCAAGCACAGCAAUGUAAAUCACAACAAUAUGUAAAAAACACAAUACACACACACACGUGUGUAUAUAUACAUGUACACAUGCAUACACGAACAUACACGAACAUACACAAAGCUGUGUAAACCAACCAUAAAUAACCAAUCUAAAUGUUAUAUACAUAAAAUACAGGAUGAGAGAAAUGAAGUGAAGUGAAAUGAAUACCACAGAAUGUACAUAAGGUACAGGUAAGGUUCUGAUUCUGAUUCUGAAUGUCUUUAUUAUUCUAAAUCAGCGGUCCCCAACCUUUUUUGCGCCACGGACUGGUUAAUGUCCGACAAUAUUUUCACGGACCGGCCAUUAAGGUGUUGCGCAGAUAAAUACAACAAAAUAAAAUGAUACGACCAAGACAGAAAGUGUGGUAUUUUUUAGAUAUAAUAAUAAACAUGAAUUCAUUGUGUAAUUGUGUUUCCCCCUGAAAUGCGCCAACAACACUGAGAGUAACAUCCACCUCUCUGACACUUAAUGCCCUCUGGUCGCUAUGGUAACACGUAAAUAUUUCUUUCAAAAUAAGAUACACAACUAGACCCAGGGAAACAGAGUUAAUGACAAAAACCCUGAAAACCAUAAAUGUCAUACCCGGGCCUCAACUCGUGGCCUGGUAUUAAACGACUCAUGGACUGGUACCGGUCCGGGGAUGGGGACCGCUGUUCUAAAUAGUCCUAUAUUAUCUAUACUAUACGGAAAAGGAUCAAUAAUCCUGGUGGAGUUUAUCAUUGAUUACACACGUGACCACUACAGUAGUUUUCGGUAAUCAGGGUUGUCAUUACUGUUUAAGUUAACAUGCCUCUGAUGAACUGAUAAAACAAUUUUAUUAAUCUGCAGUCAUCCCACAUGCAUCCAUGUUUUUUGCCAUGCCAUGAUUCACAGUUAGUGACAGAAAAAAUAUGUGGCUCAAGAAAGACUACUGACGACAUAUAUUUAACACCCAGCUAAAGGGUUUUCAUUUUUAUUUUCUGUAUGUGUUACUCUUUUGUUUUAGUAAUAUGCAAAGGGUUUUGAUUGAACUUGUAUGUUUCUUUUAGUUUUUUUGUGUAAAUGCUGCACUUUAUAGUGUAAAACAACCAGACACUGUCAGUACGUUGUGUCUGCUUUGUCACGCGGUUUGUCACAAAAAAAGGCCGACAUAGCAUCAAGCCAAAUGAGCUGACGCGUCAUCGUGGUGCCGUCUCUCUGAACUACUCAAUAACUCUUAUUAAACAAUGUGUAUCAAAUAGACCAAAAUCUGAAGACAAACGGAUUGAACCGCUGGAUCGAGGGCAAACGAGCUCUGUUUACCUGUAGCAAGAGACAAGGCCGGUGCUUCUCAAAGGUGUUAUUUUACUUUUCUCUGUAUGUGUUUGUUUAUGGCGACUGUGGAACCAUUUUGAAAAUGUGUUUUAUCGUUUUAGCCUCUUUUUUUAAUUAUGCUGUAAUAAUAAAACAUCUGACCGGGGUUAACUUUAA